CUGUUUGCUUCAUGCAGCGGUGAUGGAGGGAGGGGACAUAUUUAGAGCUAGCAGCGCGCGUUUAAGCAGCUCAAACAUAUGGAGGAACACAGGAAUGGAAGUUUUUUCAAAGUCUUCUGUGGAAGCUGAUGAUGAAGAGGCCUUAAAAUGGGCUGCUCUUGAGAAGCUUCCAACGAAUCUUCGUAUAAGGAGGGGGAUACUUACAGAAGAUGAAGGGAAAUCGAGGGAGGUUGAUAUAAAGAAUCUUGGAUUAGUGGAGAGGAAGAAUCUUGUGGAGAGGCUGCUGCAGAUUGCAGAGGAAGGGAAUGAGAGGUUCUUGCUUAAGCUAAAAGAAAGAAUUCAGAGGGUUGGUCUUGAUCUUCCAACUAUUGAAGUUCGAUACGAGCAUUUAAGCAUUGAUGCAGAGGCCUAUGUAGGUGGGAGAGCUCUGCCUACAGUGUUCAACUUCAUUGUUAAUAUCUUGGAGGGAUUCUUGAGUAGUUGCCGUCUUCUUCCGAGUAGAAAGAAGCCUCUGCCUAUUCUUCAUGAUGUUAGUGGAAUCAUCAAACCUGGAAGAAUGACGCUACUGUUAGGGCCACCGAGCUCUGGGAAAACGUCGUUGCUGCUGGCUUUGGCCGGAAAGCUUGAUCCGGAGCUAAAAGUGUCUGGAGUAGUGAAAUACAACGGGCACGAGAUGAACGAAUUUGUGCCACAAAGGACAUCAGCAUACAUCAGCCAGCAUGAUUUGCAUAUAGGGGAGAUGACAGUUAGAGAAACACUGGCUUUCUCCGCGAGAUGCCAAGGAGUUGGAGCGCGUCUCGAUAUGCUGGCUGAGCUAUCAAGAAGAGAGAAGGAAGCAAACAUCAAGCCAGAUCCUGAUCUUGAUGUUUUCAUGAAGGCAAGUUCUAUUGCAGGGCAGGAAGAAAGUGUGGUGACAGAUUACAUAAUCAAGAUUUUGGGGCUUGAGGUCUGUGCUGACACUUUGGUUGGCGACGAAAUGGUUCGAGGGAUUUCAGGAGGGCAGAGAAAGAGACUAACAACAGGGGAAAUGCUGGUUGGACCAGCUAGAGCUCUGUUCAUGGAUGAGAUAUCGACUGGUUUGGACAGCUCAACGACGUUCCAGAUUGUCAACUCGAUCAGGCAAACCAUCCACAUUCUACAAGGGACCGGUGUGAUCUCACUGCUGCAGCCUGCACCAGAGACGUUCGACUUAUUUGAUGACAUAAUCCUCCUAUCAGAUGGCCAGGUUGUGUAUCACGGCCCACGUGAGCAUGUGCUAGAAUUCUUCGAGUACAUGGGAUUCAAAUGUCCUGAGAGGAAAGGAGUUGCAGAUUUCCUUCAAGAAGUGACAUCGAAGAAGGAUCAAGUGCAGUACUGGAUGCACAGAGACGAGCCUCACAGCUACGUGUCUGUGACGGAAUUCUCUGAAGCAUUUCAGUCCUUUCACGUCGGGAGAAAGCUUGGCGAUGAGCUUGCUGUCCCUUUCAACAAGGCAAAGAGCCACCCCACUGCUCUCACCAGUGACAGAUAUGGAGUCAGCAAGAAGGUGCUUCUCAAAGCCUGUGUUGACAGAGAGUGGCUGCUCAUGAAGCGCAAUUCUUUCGUCUACAUAUUCAAGCUGAUACAAAUUAUUAUCAUGGCUAGCAUUUCGAUGACACUAUUUUAUAAGACGGAGAUGCCUAAGAAGACGGAAACAGAUGGUGGGAUAUACAUGGGAGCUUUGUUUUAUGCUCUUUUGAUGAACAUGUUCAAUGGAUUCUCAGAGCUGGCAAUGAGUAUAAUGAAGCUCCCCGUGUUCUACAAGCAACGGGACCUUCUGUUCUUCCCUCCGUGGGCAUACUCUCUGCCAUCAUGGGUGCUCAAGAUCCCAAUCACACUCGUUGAGGUCGCUAUAUGGGUCGUUUUGACUUACUACACAAGCGGAUAUGAUUCUGAUGUGGGAAGAUUCUUCAAGCAAAUGCUGCUGCUGAUAUGUGUGAAUCAGAUGGCUUCUGCACUGUUUCGUUUGAUGGGAGCGCUGGGAAGAAACAUCAUAGUCGCCAACACGUUUGGUUCAUGCGCGUUGCUCACAGUUCUCGUCUUAGGUGGAUUCAUUCUAUCGCGAGAAAAUAUCAAGAAAUGGUGGAUUUGGGGUUACUGGAUUUCACCUUUGAUGUAUGGACAGAAUGCCAUGGCUGUGAAUGAGUUUCUUGGAAAGAGUUGGAGCCAUAUUCCUCCUGGCUCGACAGAAUCUGUUGGGGUGUCGGUUUUGAAAUCGCGUGGGAUCUUCACAGAAGCGCGUUGGUACUGGAUAGGCGUAGGCGCUCUCAUCGGAUACGUCUUCCUCUUCAACUUACUCUGCAUCGCGGCUCUCACUUACCUCAACCCAUUUGGAAAGCCACAAGCUGUUCUAUCAGAGGAGACAUUAGCAGAGAGGAAUGCCAUCAAAAGAGGCCAACAACCUACACAAAAUCAAAAUGCAGCAAGAGAAAACCAGACUGUUUCAUUAGGAGACAUCAAUCCAAACAGGAAGAGGGGAAUGAUUCUACCCUUCCAACCCCUCUCAAUCACAUUUGAUGAUAUCCGUUACGCGGUAGACAUGCCACCGGAGAUGAGAGCCCACGGAAUUGAAGACGAGCGCCUAGAGCUUCUCAAGGGCGUGAGUGGCGCCUUCAGGCCGGGAGUUUUGACAGCGCUGAUGGGCGUGAGCGGGGCAGGAAAGACGACGCUGAUGGAUGUGCUGGCUGGCAGGAAAACCGGGGGCUACAUUGAAGGGACCAUCAAGAUAUCCGGAUACCCGAAGAAGCAGGAGACCUUCGCACGCAUAGCAGGAUACUGUGAGCAGACAGACAUCCACUCACCUCAUGUCACUGUCUACGAGUCCCUCCAGUUCUCCGCCUGGCUCCGUCUGCCUCCUGAUGUCGAUGCUGCAACACGAAAGAUGUUCAUUGAUGAGGUGAUGGAGCUAGUGGAGCUCACACCCUUGAGGGACUCCCUUGUAGGGCUGCCCGGUGUCAACGGCCUCUCAACCGAGCAGAGGAAGAGGCUCACAAUUGCUGUGGAGCUCGUGGCCAACCCGUCCAUCAUAUUCAUGGACGAGCCAACAUCAGGGCUCGAUGCAAGGGCAGCUGCAAUCGUGAUGAGGACAGUCAGGAACACGGUGGACACGGGCAGGACUGUCGUAUGCACCAUCCAUCAGCCAAGCAUAGACAUCUUCGACGCCUUUGAUGAGCUGCUGCUGCUCAAACGAGGCGGGGAAGAGAUCUACGUAGGCCCUCUAGGCCGACAUUCGUCUCACCUCAUCAAAUACUUCGAGGGCAUCCAAGGAAUCAGCAACAUCAAAGACGGAUACAAUCCAGCUACAUGGAUGCUUGACAUCACUGCAUCAGCACAAGAAGCAGCUCUUGGUGUUGAUUUCACUCAAAUAUACAGAAAUUCUGAGCUCUACAUGAGAAACAAAGCACUAAUCAAGGAACUGAGCGAGCCCGCCCCGGGAUCAAGAGACUUGCACUUCCCAAAGCAAUACUCUCAGACAUUCUGGACUCAAUGCAUGGCCUGCCUAUGGAAGCAACACUGGUCCUACUGGCGGAAUCCGCCCUACACAGCCGUGAGGCUGCUCUUCACCACCUUCAUUGCAGUCAUGUUCGGAGCCAUAUUCUGGGACCUCGGCUCCAAAAGGAAAAGGCAGCAAGACAUCUUCAACGCAAUGGGAUCCAUGUACGCUGCAGUACUAUUCCUCGGUGUGCAGAACGCCACAUCCGUGCAGCCCAUUGUUGCUGUGGAGAGAACUGUUUUCUACAGAGAAAGGGCAGCAGGGAUGUACUCCGCCUUGCCAUACGCCUUUGGACAGGCUGUGGUGGAACUCCCAAACCUGCUAGUGCAGACGUUGAUAUACGGCGUGAUAGUGUAUGCAAUGAUCGGGUUCGAGUGGACGGUGGUGAAGUUCUUCUGGUACCUUUUCUUCAUGUAUUUCACCUUGCUCUACUUUACACUCUACGGUAUGAUGACGGUGGCCGUCACGCCCAACCACAACAUCGCUGCCAUAAUCUCCUCCGCCUUCUACGCUGUUUGGAACAUCUUCUCCGGGUUCAUUGUUCCUAACGGUGAGAUAAUUCAUGAUUUUGUGGGAUAUGUGGCUGUUAUAAUUGUAGGAAUAGGCGUGUUGUUUGGCUUCAUUUUUGCCUUCUCAAUUAGGGCGUAUAAUUUCCAAAAGAGGUGAAAAACAGUGGAACAA